AUGAUUGACACAGACACAGUAAAAAGCGGGCACGAGCAGACCCGAACAGGCUCCGUGCGCCGGGUAGUGGGCGUCAGGCCUGGACACGAAAAGUCAGCUACUAGUCGCCCCGCGACCUCGAUGAGGGGGAAUUUGUCAGAGCUCUCAAAACUCCUCCACGAGAGGGCAAUAGACGUGGCUUUACUACAAGAGACACUAACUGGCAAACGCAAUGCCAGUAUUACCGGUUAUAGUGCAUUUAAGUGCAAAUGCACAGACUGCCGGGGGCUCAUCACUUAUGUACGCAACAACCUGGUUGCUACACAAAUCCCCGGUCCACGAGUGCAUGGGCGUACCGACGCCAUCACCCUUGAAGUACAUAAACUCGGGCGUAAACUCACAGUAACUAAUCUGUACAACCCCCCCAAGCAUGACAUUAGCCUCGAAUAUGACUGUACUAAUAUCAACACUCACAACGUCAUCGCUGGAGACUUUAAUGCUAAGUCUCAGCAGUGGGGCUAUGAUUCAACCGACUCAUCGGGACAUAAAAUCCAUGAACUCCUUAAUAACUCUAAUUUGUUCUGUCUGCAAAAUAAACAUACUCCCCCAACUCUAUACCAUACCGGAAAUGGCAGCCAAUCUAGACCAGACCUUACUCUAAUUACAGCUAAUCUAGAAUCACAUACUCAGUUUCAAGUCCUAGAUGACAUUGGAAGUGACCAUAGACCCAUAUUAGUCACAAUUGCCCUCUCAGAGGCCAGUGGUGUAACCCCAAAAGCCCCGCGUAGAUGGAGUUACACCAAGGCGAACUGGCCAGCCUACGAGGCAGCAGUUAACACUGCCCUUAUGAAUAUUGCAGUGGAGGAUAGGGACGUUGACAUCAUAUACGGCGAAAUAACAGCAGCUAUGUUGGGUGCGGCCAAGAGGUUUGUCCCGCGGACUUAUCCUGGCGUAAGGCAGAAACGCGUGUGGUCUCAGGAAUUGAAUAAGCUGGUCCUGAGACGUAAGCGAGCCCGGAGGCUUGCUGAACGGAAGGGUACCCCUGAAAUCCGGCGGGAGUACAAUCGGCUCUGUAGAGCCACGAGUGAACUGGCCCGACGCGUCCGGUCGGACCAUUGGAACGCUGCCUGCGCCGGGAUGGAUCUUCGGGAUACCUCGAAAGCCUGGCGUCUUCUGCGAAACCUAGAGGCCAAAGACACAGCGCGAACGGCUGCCCCUCUAUUGUCACCCGGAGGGCCGGUCUCGACGGUAACCAAAAUGGCCGGCUUGUUGAAUCGACAUUUUGCUAAACACAAGCCCGAAAAGAAGUCUGCCAUGUCCAAAGCCCUCAACAAAGAACGUAAGAGGCUCGAGAGGGAGCCAGAUGAGCCGGAAAGCCAAGCAACGUGCAACGCGCCCUUCUGUCGUGCUGAGCUGGACAGAGCGAUAGCUAAGUGCAAAAAUCGAAAAGCUCCUGGGCCAGACAAGGUUACCCCCGAGAUGGAAUAUAAUUCUAAUUAG